GGAAAACCACGUGUUAAACUCUCCACAUCCAGGAGACCAUCUCAGUCUCUGUGCAGUGAGUGGAAGCAGAAUCCCAUGGAGGGUUUCCAGACUUUCUUAAGGAUCUUACAUUUCAACAUGGACCACCAGACAUCCCCUUCGCCUGAAUAAAAUUCAAAUAAAGUUAAUGACUGUUGGAAUGCAUGCAGUAUGGAGAGAUUUCCCAUUUUCUGCUUUGUUUGGAUUCUACUGAGUGGAAUCUUUUGUCUGGUGAUUCUCGGUCUACAAGGGACAUACGGCAACUUCACCCACAGCAAGACAUCACCUCAAUUCCAAAGAAAUCAAACACCUUCUCCACAGAACACGUGGAUGCUUCAGACCAGGGAUGACAUUCAGAACUCCAAAGUACCCAUUAGCCCCUCUAUCCCCUCGUCAAACCAGGGACUUUUGGAAAUCCUUGGAAGCAACUCAAAGUUGCCAUCCAGCCCAUCUGUAAAGAUAAACCUUCAGCCCAUCAUUAAAGUACAUGGAAUAUCUAAACUGUCUAGGACAUUCAGCUGGGGGGACUUCUAUUCAAACAUCAAGACUGUAAAACUGAAUUUGCUGAUAAUGGGAAAGAUUGUGGACCAUGGUAACGGCUCACUCGGCAUUUACUUCCGCCACAACUCCACAGGCGUGGGCAACGUAUCUGUCAGUCUUGUCCCACCCAUGAAAGAGCUGGAGUUCGACUUGAAGCGCCAAAGUGUGGUCAACCCCAAGGACUCGAAGACAUUUAACUGCAGGGUGGACUAUGAGAAAACCGAACGCAGCAAAAAGGUGAUGCUGUGCAACUACGACCCCUCGAAGACGUGCGAUCAAGAACAAACCCAGAGCCGAGUCAACUGGAUGUGCUCCAAACCAUUCCAGGUCAUCUGCAUCUACGUGUCCUUCUAUGGCACGGACUAUAGGCUGGUUCAGAAAGUCUGCCCGGACUAUAACACUCAGAGUCCGACCCUGAUGCCUAAAGGUUAAACACAGGACACUGUGGAGACAUUUGUUAAAAACAAAUAAACUAUAAAUGCAUGAUUGAGGGUUUUUAAAUGCAGAUUUCCUCAUUGAAACAUGCUUUAAUGAUUUCUAUCAAUAUGAUUUUAGUUUUUCAGUCGGUUUGCUCUUUGCUCAAAGACUUGCAUCAUUUUUAUGGAAUGUGUUUUAGUAGAAAUGUAACUAAAAAAUUUGAUCUGCCAAGUAGCUACUUGUCUGGUUUUGCGGUAUUUCCUAAAAGAUAUAUCCAAACGUGGUUUUUUUUUAAACAGGAUUAAAAGAUUAUUAAUAUUACUAUUUUCAGCUUUUCUACCACAGAUGAGUAUUUAAACUCGGUCACCUUCUUCACCUCUGGUCCUUGUAUCCUCCCCUUUUCAUCUUCAUCCCUUUCAGUUACACAUUCCGUUUUGCUGCACGUCAUCUUUAUUCCUCUGCCCUCUUGUGCACAUCUCCAUUUCGGCACGUUUUCUUCCACCUGUUCCCUACUUUCACUGCAGGCUUUAUAGUAGUUGCAAUUAUUUUAUUUCUAAACACCUUGCCAUUUUUCUUUGCUAAAACAAGAGAAGGCGGUUGAUAGAGCUAAUAUAAUAUCAUCAUCAUCCUUUGGUGUCUUGUCAGCCAUGAAG